CAGGAAAGUGUGGCACUCACAACACAACACUCAUGCAGUAGAGGUCCUACACAACUGCCUGCCUUCACUGCCCUGACCAGAUCCCAAAACUCACUCGCGAGACGGAGAGAGAGAGAGGCAAAUGUGGUGUGUGUAAUAGAGGAGGGAUCAGUUAGGUGAACUUCAGAGGGAAAUCUUGAGAGUAGAAAGGCAAGUAAGGACACACUCAGCACAACUUUCCACUACUCUUACAUUUAUUUCUCUUUACCGCAAACCUGAAGCUGUUAGAAAUGGAAGUAGUCGAAGAUGCCCGUUUGCACCUGGACGUGCCCGAGCUGAACAAAUCCCUCACAGAGAUCUCAGACGAUGAAGUCAAUCUCCCAGCUUCUGAGGAUGAAGAUGAGGCUGCCGUCGACAAUAAAGCCAAAGACGGUGGAAAGACAGAAGAGACAGGUGAUGGAGAGAAGGGUGAGAUGAAUGGAGUGAUGGUCCUGGCUCUUCUAGAUAAAAUCAUCGGGGCUGUGGACCAGAUCCAGCAGACACAGGCCGGGCUAGAGGCCCGUCAGGUGGAGAUGGAGAAGUCAGUGACAGGCAUCCAAGGAGAACUCACCAAACUCUCCAAAAGUCACACCACCACAGCCAACAGCGUCAACAAGAUGCUGGAGAAGGUGCGUAAGGUCAGCGUGAACGUAAAGACGGUGCGAGGAAACAUGGAGAAGCAAGCCGGGCAGAUCAAACGUCUGGAGAGCAACGAAAACGAACUUCUGAAGAGAAGAAACUUCAAAGUCAUGAUAUAUCAGGAUGAGGUGAAAAUACCUUCAAAAGUGAAUGUAGCCAAGUCUAUGAAGUUUCCAGAGCACGUGGAGGGAGAGGGGGAGCUGGAAGGCAAAGCAGCCGCAGAAGAAGCAGGAGAGGACAAAGAGAAAGUCAAUUUGGACCUGUCCUCUGAUGAAGAAGAGGCAGAGAUCGAGGAGACCAUUGAGGAGACACGAGCAGAACGCAUCAAACGUAGCAGCCUACAACGCGUCCAAACCAUCAAAACCGCUUUCUCCAGGGACAAGAUGGAGAAAACCAAACAAAAGACCAAGGAGAACUAUGAGAAGACCAAGCAGAAGACCAAAGAAAACUUGGAAAAGACCCGUAUGAAGACCAAAGAGAAUUUGGAAAAAACCAAGCAGAAAACCAAGGAGAACCUCGAGAAGACCAAACAGAAGACCAGAGAGAAUCUGGAGAAAACACGUCACAACAUAGAGAAAAAGAUGGGCAAACUCAGCACCCGCAUGGCAGUGAAUCCGGAGCGCAAAAAAAAGCUUGAGUCCUCGCAGAAGAGGGUGGUAAAGUCUUUCACCCCAGACCACAUCAUCUACGCCCGCUCCAAGACGGCCGUCUACAAGGUCCCACCCUUCACCUUUCACGUGAAGAAGAUCCGCGAGGGAGAAGUGGAAAUUCAAGGAACCGAAAUGGUGGAGGUUGGUGGGGAUGCAGAGGAGGUGGAGAACGCAGUGAUGGAGGGAGAAGAUGAAGAGAUGGAGAUGGAAGGUGGAGAGAUGGAGGAGGAUGACGACGAGGCAACAGAGGAAAGCCAUGAGAUGCGGGCACUGCUUAAGAGGGGAGAAGACUCUGAUCUGGUGUUGGUGGAACACGACCACGAUAGAGACAGCGAUUAGAGAAAACAUUGUCUGCAUGUGUAUCUGUGCUUUAGGGUGCUUACACACUAGAGAAAGCUCUGAUGGAACAUUUUAUUUAUAAAAAGCAUGAGAUCUGGUCUGAGGACUGGUUCAGUUUAAAAUCAAAUAGGAUAACAGCGAAUUGGAUAUCCAAAAAACUGAACCUGUCUCUCUGUGAUUCUCAAUGGUCAAUAGAUGUGUAGAUCUGAGUUUGUUAUAACAAACGUUAAAAGUGAAGUGUUUCAUUUUUCAGCUAUUUUUAGUGUCACCAAAUGAAAUUUUUAAAAUCAGUUUGGUUGGAAAGGUUGAGUCAGUGUUGGUGGAGAUGUUCAAACAAACAAUACACUGUCUUGGGCUAAUUCACCUAUGAAUUUUAGCCUAUAUAGUCAUCUUAGCAUAUUAAGCAGGGAUGGGAGAAAAUAUUUCAACAUUGAAUAAUCACACACUUCAUCUUUAACAUUUUGUCAACUUUAAAUUGCAUAAUGGUGCAUCACUUUUGCAGUCCCCUGGGUUUUUCCUGUUUCCAUUUCAUUCCCACUUAAAUCAUUAGAUACUCUAGUGUGUAGGUGCCUUAAAUGUGUAUGCUGAAGAUAUAAAAUGUUGACAUGAACGUGUCUGUUUGUGUGUGACAGAACAUGUGUGUGAAUUUCCAUAUUUUCUGGCAAAAUUUAAGAUGACUCCAUUCAGUUAAAGGAACAGUAUGUAAGAAAUGUAUAUCAAUGAAUCAUAAAAUGGCCCUGAUGUGUCACUAGACAUUAAGAAAUAAUUUUCAUUUCAAAUACUUAUAUCACUGACAACAGGGGUAUAGCCAGGAUAUUGUCAUUUAAAAAGUGGAGUUGCAGCCCUCAACUGAUGUUUAUGUUGUCAUUUCGUGUAUUGGCCACCAGUUGUGUGAUUGCAGUACCAGUUUUGGCCACAAUCCUACAUACUGUUCCUUUAAUGUCUAUUGGGUUGAGAUUUACCUUGCAACAGUGAAAAAAAAUGGUUGGUCAACCUAAAAAAAAUAAGUUACCUGGUUGCCUUAGUUAUUUCAACUCAAAAACACUAGUUUUGUUUAAUUUUACACAUAUUUUUGGAGUCAACAAAUAUUUUAGUCAAGUCAAAUCUAUUCAAAAUUGUAAGGCAACCAGUUACGUAACUUAUUACAAGUUGAACCAACAAAUAUUUUUUUACAGUGUAGUCCAAGUAACUUACUUAUGUAAAUGUUUGCUUGUAGUCAUCCCCUAUGGUGACAAGUAUGUAUGUUGACCAAUAAGAUGAAAAACAGGGCCGAUGAUCAAUGUGAUCAUUAUUGUGCUAGCUGGCCCAAAUAAAGAGAUGAUUUUCCAUUUAUAAAUAUGAGAAAGCUUGAUGAAAUUCAUUUCAUAAUUUUAGAUUGUUCUGUUAUGCAAAAAGAUUCUUUCUCUUUAUUUACAUUAUAAAGAUACACAAGAGUCACAUAUAAAGCUAAAGAGUCACUUCACUUAUCGUAGACAGUGGAGAUAAAAGAACCUGAAAUCCUGCUUUUAAGUGAUCAUUUUUAUAUAUAUCUUUUAUAUAUCCUAUGGUUUAAUGAAUAAUGUUGAAUUAUUUUAAAACAGGCUGUCACUGUCAAACAUUUACACUGAAUGCUUUUAUUUGUUCUCAAUGUAACAAACUACACAAAUGGUGAAGAAUCUAAGGUUUUACAUCUUCGAAGGAAAUUGAAAACUUGUUUUAUACUCAUAAUUUGCAAAAUUUACAAAUAAAGAAGGAAAUUAUUCUCAUAAAUUACAGGAAAGCAAUGCAGGCUUGCAGAAAGUUCAACAAAAGGCAACAAAGCUCUUAACCCAACUACUGUUUGUGUAACAUUUGUACGUCCCCUAGUGGAUGUGUGUGGUAGUGUUGUAAUGGACCAAUGACUGGUGAGCUAUUGCCCUGUCAGCUAUAAAAUAAAAACACAUAAGAAACAAAAUAAAUAUGAAUUGCAUGACAGCUAUUGCCAAAAGAAACUCCUGAUCUUGACUUAAAUAUAUAUAAUUCACUGCUAUUACAUACUGUAGAGCACAAACAUUCAUCCAAGGUUUCUGAAAUGCUUUCUCUUCAUUGCUCAGAUUGUAUUAUUUUAGUCAUUGCUUCAUAGACUUGUAAAGGUUCUACUUCACUAUAAAAAUCUUACCUUUAUUAUUUGAUACUUUUGCUUGUGUAGCUGAAGCAUACGAAUACUUCUCUUGUAAUGUCACAUUUCUUAACCACUAAUGUGUUAAUAAACCAUUCUGCUUCACACUUAA